AUGACCCGAAUUACGCGCUUGUGGUUAGCGCCAAGACGCAUUUGGGCUAGUUUUGCACUGCUAGGUCUAACGGACAACCGGAGUAAUGUUUAUGCUCUUCCUGAUUGGGAAAUGUGUGAGCAAACGACUCAAUGGUGUCGGCUUGACUUCAACGUCCUGGGGCCAGUGCUGUGGUUCCAAGCGCCCAAAAGAAGCAGGAAAAUGGAGACUCAAAACCUAUCUACCGCUUCUGAUUACAUUAAUAAUCUGUUACUUGCGCGAGGGUUGCUGCGCAAUGGGAAACCGAUCGAUUUUGCACGGCCAGAGAAUGCACCUGGGGGCGUGGAUGACACUAUGUCAAGGGUUAUAAACCUGGUUCAUGACCUAGUUUUGAGAAGAGAUGUUUGUAUUAACAAUUUAUUUGGACAAUGUGCUACAAUUAUAGAAGCUGAUAGUUUCCAGCGCGAGGCAGAGCAAAGGGAGAACCUGGCGACAAACAUCAGAGCACUUCGGAGCACAGAAGCGAAACAAACACUCGAAAUUGAGCGACUUCAAGCCAAGACCACGGAUUUGUCUCGAUUGUUGGCACUUGCUGAAGGCCAGGAACGCGCCUUUAAGGCUACUAUCCACAGCGCAGAGGUCACAAAUAGAGGGCUAAAGGAGCAGAUACAACGCAUGAAGACCUCAAUUCAACAGAUUAGAAGCCAGUGCGCUACAGAUGUUCGAAAACGUGACGUUGAGCUCCAAAGACUUAAAUCUCAUCUUGCAGAAAGACAGAGGGGAAAGCGAGAGGGACUUGGCGUAACAACAAUAACAAUAACCCCUACCCCGAAAGUUAGCAUGGUUCGGAAGGCGUUGGAAGGCGGAGAAGGCCUGGAAAGUGUUGGAUACAGUCUCAAGCAGGAGACGACUGAAUUCCUGACUAAUCUCUGCCAGGAGCUCAGCGACGAGAAUGACGCGAUGAUUGGCAUCGUGAAGAGCACCCUUGAGACAUUGCGGAACUUGCAAGGUCUGUCAGAUUUACCUGAAAAGGACACCCAGGAACAAGAUAUUCUUGGCUCCAAUGCCUAUGAAAGUAGCCGCUUGGAGACAUCAGCUUCAGAGCUGACUCCACAAUACGAAAAACUCUCCGCUGAAAUGGAUUCGGUACUUGAGCAACUUAGGUCGUUGCUCACCAAUCCCUCGUUUGUGCCUUUAGAGGAGGUUGAAGUACGAGACAAUGAAAUAUAUAGGUUGAGAGAUGGCUGGGAAAAGAUGGAAGAACGAUGGAAGGAGGCUGUUUCAAUGAUGGAUUCAUGGCACAAACGAAUGGCUCAGGGAGGACUGUCGGUUAAUAUUGAUGAACUUACGCAAGGAAUGGGACUUGGGCUAGGACUUGAGAAACCCGAACGUGCUAGAUCCGUGCCCAAAGCAGGAAACUUCGGCCCGUCAAUAUAUGAUGAAAACGAUACUGGGGAAGGGGAGAGAGACUACUAUGAUGCCAAAGAAAAUACAAACCCGCCCGAAAUUCGCAUAACGAGUCCAGCUAAGGCUGUGAAACAACGUGUUCUUGGCGAAGGAACGGGAAAUGCAUUCCGAGAUGUACCCUCCCGGCGUUCUAGGCGAAGUUGGAAGGAGGACUCCGAAUAUAGCGAUGAUGAGCUUGCUUUGUCGGCUAAACCGAAAACGGCGCAACAACCACAGAAGAAAACCCCGAGGGUUGCUGAAUCAAAAAUUCCGAAGCACAAAAUACCGACAAGAUCAAAGCUGUCGACCACUGAAAAACUUGCCAAUGUUGAGUCAGAAGCAAAGGAAGCAGAAGGAGAACGCAAGAAGAAUGAAAGAAGAAAGAGAAGUAAUUCGUCGACACGCUCCAAUACGAAGCCAAGGCGACGAAAAAGUACAUUGACGCCGCAGGAGUUGCAAGAUUUACUCCAUGCUGGCACCUAA